ACAUGGGUUCUGUUGACUGUCACCGUUGUGUUGACGUUUUAUCCCACCCCCCCACCAGGGAAAACUCCUGCUUGAUUCAUCAUAUUUUGGGUGUGUGUGAACGGUUUUAGCUUGUUUAGUGGUGCAAACAUCACAAUGGCCAAAAAUACGUCCAGCUCGGCGUUCCGAAAGAUCGAUGUCGACCAGUACAAUGAGGACAACUUUAAGGAGGAUGACGCGGAUCAGGCCUCCAGCGGAAUGAUUGUGCCGGAUGAGGCAGAAAUCAAUUCACUGCUCAAUCAGGGUCGCAAUAUCGAUGCACUGAAAACCGUCCUCCAGAAUGCACCGCUAAUGUGCAAAAACCAGCAGGUCAAGGAUAACGCGCUCGGGCUCACGUUGCGCGUACUGCUGUCGAUCAAAUCGUCCAAGAUCGAUGCCGCCAUCGAAUCGCUGGAUGAUCCGGAACUGUGCGACGUGCUGAUGAAGUACAUCUAUCGCGGGUUCGAAAUUCCCUCGGAAGGUUCGAGCGGCCAUCUGCUUACCUGGCACGAAAAGGUGUUCGCCAAGGGUGGUGUAGGCAGUAUCGUGCGGGUGCUAUCGGACAGUGCCCGGGCCUAAAUUCAAUCCCCCCCCCCCCCCCCCCCCCCCCGUUCGUACCAACCCAUGAGAGCAAGUCAUUUUUCAUCGUUUCAAGCGUAUGCCUGCUUCCUUUAGAUAGCACAGAUUUAGUUAUUAGUCCUGUCGCUGUGCACGUGGCGAACCUUUUUCAGUACAUUCUUCACUCAAUCUACCGGUGCGCGUGGUUGAAAUUUAUUUUUGAAUUUGUUAAAUAAAUAGGUGAUAUACUAACAGCA